UUAAAGAAUCAUUUAUAUUUCCAUCAGAUCAAUGGCAUAAGGUGGCACCAGUGCACCUACUGCAGUAAAGAGUUUAAAAAACCCAGUGAUCUUGUGCGGCACAUUCGGAUACACACACACGAGAAACCUUACAAGUGUACCCAGUGCUUCCGUGCCUUUGCCGUCAAGAGCACCCUCACGGCCCACAUCAAAACUCACACCGGUGUCAAGGAGUUCAGGUGUGAUGUCUGCAGUAAGAUGUUCUCAACUCAAGGAAGUCUUAAAGUCCACCUCAGGCUGCACACGGGUUAGUGGUGAAUGUUUAUUUUACUGCUCUGGUGCCACAUAGACCCAGUGGUUUAAUAGUGACAUUUUCCUAUUGUGCUACCAUAGUCCCUACAGCACAAAUCCAUUCUGCUAUAUUUAAAUACAUUAAAAGUACAUUUUCUAGAUCAUGACUGUCAUCAUUGCGCCUCAUGCUGAUGUGUUUCAAACUACAAUACUUCAGUUCUGUUGAUUUAUUUUUUUAAUUCUCAAUUAUUCUCCCCAAUACAUUGUUUCUGAUUGCAGGAGCAAAACCGUUCUCUUGCACACAAUGUGAUAAAAAGUUCCGCACCUCUGCCCACUGCAAGUCCCACAUACAGUCUCACUUCAAAGACCCAGACAGCGCCCCACGGCCUCGAAGGGCAUUUAAACGAGAGCCCCGUAACGACGCCAUGUUGACUGACAUUCCCCUGCAAGAACCCAUACUCAUCACAGAUGCUGGUAUAUUUUUUAUCUUGGUGCUUUUUAGGAUGAUUGUUAACAUGGACCACUGGUGCUGUCUACAAUGCUAAACCUUAAUUCAAUGGUUAUUGACCUUCUCUCAGUAUUGUUGAAAUUAGUGAGUUUUUGAUUGUUUGCAUUUAACCAUGAAUGAUCAAAACCUUUAUUUUAAAGAUGGUGAAUUCCACACACCAAGCAGUUGCCCAUAGUUAGAUGAAUAUUAGUGUGGGAGAAAAUAACAGAUUUACAUGUUUCUAAUGAUGAUUUUUAAGCAUUGGAAACAUUCAUUUUUGUUUUCCUGGACAGCUUGGAAAUCUUAUUGUUACAUUCUCCUAAAAUAUCAAUACUUUUUCUAAACAAACUCUACCUUCAAAAAAAACUCAGGUUUGAUCCAGCAAGCCCCACGUAACACACUUUUCCCACCUUUCACGAGUGAGUCUGGUCACUCUGACAGGCCCUACAAAUGUUCUCAUUGCCGUCGAGGUUUCAAGAAGUCUAGCCACCUGAAACAGCACGUCCGGUCUCACACAGGUUAUUAUUCAUAAUUUUAUCUUGAUUCACAAAAAAAGUCCGGGAUUUCUUUUUUUUUCAUUUACCUUCCAGGUUUAAAUCAUUUUGCAGAAUAAAAUUUAUUUUAGAAGGAUUUGAAAUGUUCCCAUCCAAUAUAGAAAUUUAGAAAAGUCUUAAAUUUGAUAUUCUUUUAUGUUAAAAUCAUAAAUGUUACAUGAACUCUCCUUGGCAAGGUGAUGGAAGCAUAUCAGAAAGUGUAAUUGGGUUAGAAGUCUCUUAGUGAUUAUAAGAAAAAUAACUGUGUUAAUAAAUGGGGAUAAUCAGAAUUUAUAAAGGAUUUUAUCUUGAACAUGACAUAUUUAAAAUGGGAUUGUCAGCUGCUCAACCUUUUAGUUCAAAAAGUAAGUGCUUCAGGACAUAGUUAAAAGAGUCACUAACAUUCUAAUGACAUCACAUUAACUUAGCAUAACCAAUGAAUGUAUUGAACCUUACAGGUGAGAAGCCGUACAGGUGCUCAACAUGCCAGCGGUCAUUUGUAUCAAAUGGAGUGCUGAAAGCUCACAGCCGUACCCACUCGGGAGAGAAGUCGCACAAAUGUCUUGUCUGUGAUUCUGUUUUCACCACUGGCGGCAGUCUGAAGAGGCACAUGUCAACGCACAGUGAGGUCCGUCCAUUCAUGUGUCCCUACUGCCAGAAGACUUUCAAGACGUCGGUCAACUGCAAAAAACACAUGAAAACUCACAGGUAACGUAUUUAAUAUUUUCACCUUGAUUUUACUAAACAGCCAGAAAAUUUAAUGUUGGCAUGCUGUGGGAACAAAAAUAUUACGGAGACAAUAGUUAUGAAUUGUGAAUAGUUUUAAAUAAAGACAAUAACUUGAGUCAAUAACCAAGUGUUACAGCAGUCUGUUGAGGAAUAAAGUAUUAGUAAAUGAAAGUUAAAAAAAAGAUAUUUUGUUAUGUUGAGUUAGCCUCUUGAAUAAAUUGAAGAAUCAUAAUCUUUUGAUGUUAGAAAGAUCUGAAGAAAUUGUUAUGAUCUGUUAUUUCUGACAGACAUGAACUAGCCAUGCAGCAUUACCAGACUGUGAAAGAGGGCGAGGGAGCGGGUGGUACAGUAGACGGAGGUGAGGGGAGAGCUGAGGAUGAGGCUGAGAUAGUGGAGGAGGAUGGACUCACGGGAGGACAGAGUUUGUCUGACCUGGACGUGUUACAGGAGCAUGAGAUUGGACACACCACGACUGUCACACAGCCAGACCUACAGGUAGAUGUGGUUACUGUUCUUAUUGGAGUUACACUAUGUCAAGGCCUUUUUUGGAUUAAAUUUUAGUUGCAAGUAUUAAUUAGAAAGUAAAAGAAAAGGGCAUUCAUGAAGAAUUAAAUAAGACAUGCUGAUCCUCUUGUUUUGUGGGAGGGAAAGUAAAUUGUUUUAAGAAAAAGUAAUAUAUUUUGUGUAAAAGUAAUAGAUUUUGAGCAAAAUAAAUACAUUUGAAGGAAGAGUAAUACAUUUUGAGGAAAAAUAAUAUACUUUGAGAAAGUUCUAUAUUUUGAGGAAAAGAGUAAAAGAGUACUUUUCCAAUAUUUUGUUCCAUAAAAUUAGUUAUUUUCAAUACAAUUUUUUAUCAGGUUGUGGAGCUCAACCAUUCUGACCUUCAGUCAAGUGGAGUGAAUGGAGAAACUCUAUCACUGGACUCAAGCUUACAGCAAGCAUUUGGUCAAGGGGUAAGAAAUGAGAGAUGAAUAUUUCUUUCUGUCUUCUCAGUGGCAUGCCGUAUUGUUUGGUUUAGCUGUACCCUGUGGUGACAGUCGUAGGAUGUACCCAGUAAAGUUCAUUCUGCACAAAGCUGCUGUAGUUCUCAGGCAGUAUGCUCCAAUAUUUCUUUAUUAUCCCAUGUUCCUAAUGGGAUGGCAUCAAUUUAAUGCCUGGGCUACUCUCUGAAUAAUUAUCCGUAUCUCUGGCAUAAACAGCAGUUGGGAUGACAGUGCUGGCAAAAAGCAAAGUUUUAAUGUGCAUUGUGUAUUUCCCACUUAUCAAAUAUAAUGCCACUGAUAUGUAAAUAUAUUGCAACACUCCUUCAUUCAUCUUUUUCAAUACCUUUAAAAAUAAAUUAAGCUUAUCAAUAGGUGAUUCUGGGCAUUGUACUAAACGUAACACAAAGUAACAUGGAUUUUGUUUCAGAUGUUUGGCCAUAACUUUACAUUAGUGAACCAGCACUUUGUCCAGUUGACCAAUCAGGACACCAGGCAAGGACAGGAGGACAAAACAAACAGGGAGCAAGAUGAAAAUCUCAACAGGGUAGGUAACUUUUUAAAGUCCUUAAAUGAUUUGAUAUUUGGGCUAUAUACGCAACAAAACUUUUUUUGGUAUUGUCUCCCCUGUUUUUCUGUUGUGUUCAUUAAUUUAAUAUGAAUGUGAUGCUUUACAAUUGGGUAGCUCAAUUAUAACAUUGGCACCUUGGUUGUACAGGUCAAAGAACAGCUAGAGAACCAAAUCAACACCCAGGUGAACUCAUCCCUGGCACAGCCCAUCAAUGGACAAGGCACUACACAGUACACCUAUCAGGUUGGUCAUUUGUAAUAUUAAGUUAUCUCCCAUUUUAUGUUUAAUAAUGGUGUAAAUUAAAUUGAUCCCAACCAUAAAAAGCUAGGUCCUGUAAAAACAGGGUCCAAACUAGUCGUACUUGUAUUGCUUUCCAUUUUAACUCACAAGAUUAAAAAAUAAAUAUUUAAAGGCUAAUUAGAACAUAGCCUGAUGAUAGAGCAAAUGCCAGAUCUUUAAUCAGGAGACUUUUAAUGAAUCAAUUUAAAGGUAAAUUAUUCAAAUUAUUUAUGAAACUGAAAAAAAGGAGCAUAAUAACUAUAAAUAAUUAGUUUCAAAUUUGCUGAAGACUUCAUUUGAACUGAGUAUUUAUGCCAGAAAAGCCCAGGUAAGCUCCACUCAAGAACAUCACAUGCCAGAAUUGUUGCAUUAGCCAAAUUCAGAACUAGCACAAAAAUGAUGAUCAAAUGGUCAUGGUAGAUUUCGACCGACCAACUAUAAAGUUUUUAAUUACACUGUCAAUACAAUUUGACUACAAUUAUAUUUGCCUUCUUCAGAUUUUUUCCUUACACCCUGCAUCUUAAGUCUAAAAUAAUUCUGUUUAUGAAAUUAGUCAUGUUGUUUUGCUUGAGUGAAUACCUUGUUUUCUCAUAUAGUUUUUUUUUUGUUGGUUUAUUUGUUGAAUGAUGGACAGUCACCAAGUUGGAAGGCCACCUUAAGCUCUCAAUCAGAUCUGUCCAGCAAGUACGAAGAACAAAAGGAAGAGAUAUUUAGCCAGUAAGUCACACACGUGUAUCUGACCAGGCUAUACAACAAGAGACUUAAUAUUGAAAAAUAACAUUGUGUUACUUUUAUGUGGACAACGUGUUAAAUAAGAUGCUAUUUUUUAAGUUACUUGUUGGGGACCUAAAUAUUCCCCAACCUAAAUAUUCCCCAAUUUCUGAUUACUUAACUAAGCCAGCAGAAUGGCAAUUAAGAAUUAAAUAUACCAGGAGUGGGAAAACUUUUUGUGCGGAGGGUCACAUUGAGAAAUGUAAAGCUAUUGGGGGUGUCGCAUGUAUAUUAUGUUCAAUUUCUACAUAUUGAUAAACAUUUCUCUCUCUAAAAAUUGGUAAAUUCACAUUUUAGCAUUACAUGACAAAAGUCAAGGACUGUUUAAAAAAAUAGAAAAUUAUAAAGAAAUUUGAUCAAAAAAUGUUAAAACAAUCUUAGCAAUACAUGAAAUUCUGUAAAAUUCAACAAAAUAACUUUAAAAAAGUAUUUUUUUAAAUUUCUAAAUGCUUUCAAGGGCCGCAUAAUAUCAGUAGCCGAGCUGGAUGCGGCCCGUGGGCCGUGGUUUGCCCCCCCCCCCCUUGAAAUACACCAUUACCUCCAUCAUUUUAAGGCACCUGUUUUAAAUAGAGAGCCCUUCGUUUUGGGGUUUCACAUUGGUAUUGUAUAUAACAAAUGGCAAAGUAUUCACCAAAAAUAAAUUUUUUUGGAACUGAACAUCUUUGUUUGAAUGCUUAUUUUUGUUCUGCAGAGAAGAAAACCCUCGCAACCAGCAGUCACAACAGGAAGACAAUUUGGCUGAUGGAGAUGAGGAUGGCAGCAACCUUGACCAGGAUAGUCUGGUCAAUGACCUGCAUCAGGAUCUCAACCAGUUGACCCAAGCCUCGUCCAACCCCCUGCGCAGAGGUUUCCGCUGCAACAUUUGCAACAGAAUCUUCAAGCGUGCCAACCACCUUAAUCAACACAUGAAACUUCACAAUUCUGAAAAAUCUUUUCCCUGCACAGAGUGCUCCAAAUCCUUUGGGUCUGCCGUGGUGCUCAAGAACCACAUGCGGUCACAUUCCACCCUCAAGCCCCACCUGUGUCAGUACUGUGAUGCCUCUUUUUCCACCUCUCUUUCAUUACGGAGGCAUGCCAUGCAGCACACGACCAAAACCAAUGUUCACGUCUGUGAUAUGUGCAAUGAACAAUUUAAAAACCUUGCGCUCUUAAGGCGACACAGUAAAGACUGCCAAGGUAAAUCUAAAAGCAGGUUUUUGUAAGCAUAGAAUUGAAUCAGUUUUUCAAUUUUUCAAAAAGUUCAAACUUGCUGAUGGUCUUUGUCUUAGGAGUAGAAUUUAGAAGUCAUUACAAAAAUUCUAAAAUUUUAACCAAUCUUAACCCGUUAAAUCUUCUUUAUAAUAUCAUCAAAUUUAAAAUAUGUGUUUUAAAAAAUGUUAAAAUAUGUUGAUUGCUCAUCAAAUAAUUGUUUUUGCAGAAUCCUUUGUCAAUAAUAGUGAUUCUCCAUUUCUUACGUCCUUCAUCCAGGAACACAGCAACCUAUCCAAUAUGUCAUGACUGUGGUUAAGACGAAUGAUGAAAACCAGGCCCCCAAGCGAGGGGCAAGACGGCGAUCUCAAGCCCAGCAACAGUUUUCUGAAGAACAGGUCUCAAUAUCAGAAAAAAUACUGAUGGAGUCGGCAUCAGAGAAAGACAGAAUCAGCAUGCCAAAAGUAAACAAAUGACAACCUUAUGUAAAGUUAGUUAAAAAUCAUUUCAUGUGUAUUCCAGGGGAGUCUGCUUUAAGCAGUACCAAAUUUCUUACACUUUAAUUAAUGGCUGAUUUAAUUUAAGUUUGAUCUAUCAGGACAAUACCAUUUUUAUUUUCCUUUUUUUUUUUAAACCUAUUCUCUAUAUUUGUGUGUUUUGGGAUUGCAUAGACGGCUGAAAUUUUAAGUAGUUGGCAGCUGAUAUCUGACUUGGCACUUACCUCCUCCUCAAGAAUAGCUGCAGGGAUCAUUGCCAAACUUGACUGAGCAGAUCCCCAGACAAAGUCAUGCCCUGCAACCUCUUGGUUGUGAGACAGAGUGCUGCCACGAGACAGGGCUGUCUUAUAAUAUGUUAUUGGGGAUGAAAUGACAGAUUAGUAUGACACAGGCUGGAUCCAUUGUCCGAUGGUUUUCACAUACUUGUCCUAUCAAGACAUGGUAACAUCUCCUCUCCCUGUUCUCACAGGAUGUUCAGAAUCAGACAGUUCGGCGGGGUCGGUUUCCAAACAUGUGCUCCCAUUGCCCCAAAAGUUUUAAAAAACCAAGUGAUCUCCAGAGGCACCUGAGGAUCCACACCGGAGAAAAACCCUACAUCUGUGAGAUUUGUAACCGUUCGUUCACCGUCAAGUCCACCCUUGAUUCUCACAUGAAGACGCACAAAGCUGGUAGGAUGCAUUAUUACUGUUUGAUUUAAUUGUCCUUGUUGUCCGGUAGUUUUGACAGAUGUCAAUGUUAAUGAGAUGUUGCUAUUUGGGGGUUGGGGAAACACACCAUUGACACUGCCAUCAUUUUGAACAAUUCAAUUUAGGGAGAGGAAAAACCUCUGAAAGUUUUUAAAGCACCCACUUCCUGUAUUAAUUCAGAUGAAAAGUGGGUAUACUUUUGUACGCACUGUUAUUUGUUUUUAAUGGGGAAUUUUCAACAGGUGGAAUUGUAAAAAUAGAUCUCUUAAAGAUGCUUUCUUAGACACAAUUCACAAAUAAGACAUUUUGAACUGACUUAAGACGUUACCUCAGAUGUUGAAUGGAGUUGUAUCCUAAAAUUUGGUUGUGACCAGCAGGAAUUAAUGCUAAUAAAGAAUAUAUAUUAUACUAUAUCAGCCUUCAUUAGCUUUAAGGAAUAAAAUUCUCCUCACUUCUUUUCAAAGUCGUACAAAUUUUAUCUGAAGUGUUGUUUAUUUUCAUAUGAAUGAUUUGUUUGUUUCAGCUGAAAAAUCCUUCCUGUGCCAUGUUUGUAACUCCAUGUUCUCUACAAAGGGAAGUUUGAAAGUUCACAUGCGUCUGCACACAGGAGCCAAGCCGUUCAAGUGUAUCCACUGUGAUCUUAAGUUCAGGACAUCAGGUCAUAGGAAAAGUCACAUGAUCUCCCACUUUAGACGUGAGUGCUUUGUACAUACGAAUGUACAAUUGGCCAGUGAUCAUUGUAGCUAGAAAUGUACAAGUAGCCAAGGAACAUUGUACAUAUAAAUGUACAUAUAAAUGUACAAUUAGUCAAUGAACUAUUUCUUUACAUUAAAACUUCACAUAGAAUUACUCAACAUUUUCAUGUUGUAAAUAAAAAAUGUACAUUGAUAUUGAUUAAGGAAUUAAUAAAUAUUUAGAACUGAACAACUUGAAGGUAGGAGAAGUAAAAAUGGAAACCAUACAAAUGCAUCCAUUUUGAGGGAAUAAAGAGAGAAAAAGGAAGAGGACACCAGCAAAGAAAACUGAGUGACAAAAUCUAAAGAAAAAAUAUGCACCUUUGUGGUAUUUUCAGCUGAAGGUGCCAAAAAGAAAGUGAAGUCGACCCCUCCUCAGCCUCUGAUCAACUCAUCCCACAAUAACAACAUUCAACCCCAGAUGUACAUUCUGACCAAUGCUCAAGCCAACCCUGUCCAAAACAACAGCUUAUCAAACCAGGUAAACAACAAAAACAGUGACUUCAAAAUUUGUACAAAACCUAAUUUAAUUCAAUUUUAUAAUGAGUAUUUUGUGUUACUAUUGCCUUGUAAUUAUGUGAUUAUUUAAAACCAAGGAUUUCUUAAAAUUAGUUACAUUAAAUUUUAUUAAUAAAUGGUUUGUGAUAAUUUGCUUGCAUCCAGCGAGUUGUAGGGAUCGAACAGUCCCUUGGCUCCCAGGUGGUUGGGGUUGAUGCAUCUCUAGGCGGACAGGUGAUAAGUGUCGACCAGUCAUUGCUACAGAAUGCGGGCAUGAUGCCCGUGCAGCUGGCUGUGAAUGAUGGCUGCAAUGAUGGCUCGGCGCUGACUGCGCAGGUGACCAAUGGAGAAAGAGCCAUGUUGGAACAGUCGCUGGCUGUACGUACCAAAACUUGAGAAACCAUCAUAAUUUUGUUUUGUGUUGCUGCAUAAGGCUACACGUGUAUCUAUGGCUUCAUUUUAAGAUUGUACUCGGUAAAUGACUUUCUGGUACAGGAUUGGGUAAUCACAUUCUUAAACUGGGAAUGUUUUACAUUGCCUUGAAGAUGUUCCACAUACACUAUGGAAAUGGGGACGUGUUUUAACUGAAAAGACAACAAAUUUGAUUAUUACAAAUACAUUUGCAUUGAGAUUACUAUUUGUAUAAGGUUUUUUAAAAACAUUUUUCUUGUGUUGUUUACAGCUUGUCAGUAAAUAAUUUAAAGAUUAGAAUGACAUGUAGACUGCUAGGUUUAAGUUGUGUAAUAUUAAGUAAGGUUGUGUAGUGUUUUGGAUACUUAGGAAAAUUUGCAAACAUCAGUUGACUGAUAAGGCCCCUAUACUACAGUCUGUUCAGGUCAUACAAGGUUUAGACGGCGCUCUCCAGCUCCACUUCACCACACCUUUGGGCGGACAGCUGAACCAAGGCUUUCAACUUACUGGACUGGACCCAAGUAUGCUCCAGCAGACGGUAAGCUCUUUAGUGACCAGUUACAGAAAUAUUUAGCAAUUUUUUUCUUGUUGUUGCACUAUACAAAAAUUAUGUCAAAAUAAUCCUGAAUUUUAAUAUUAAGUCCUUAAUAUGGGCAAAACAAUAUUUAAUCAUUCUGCCUUUAAUCUGAAGAAAACUAUUUUGUGUUGAACAAAUCUUAUACAGAACUAAUUUAGGCUGGGAUAUAAAAAGUUAUUUAAGAAACAUCCUUGAAUGCUUGAGUUAACAUAUGCAGAAAGAUUAAACGUUUUGUUUUAAAAAAGAAAUUGGAAGUUAUAUCAAAUUCACCUUUGCCUUUGAUAUUUUACAAAUGUUAUUUGGUUCACCACAUUAAGUUGUAGGUUGGCAAACUUCUGGCUCUUCAAUUUUUCAACCUCUCAUGACUGCACUUGAUCUACUCUUUGAUAUGCUCUUUGAUCUACUAUUUGAUCUACUCUUUCAUCAAAUUUUUCAUCCUCUUUCUCUUUUUUGAUCUACUAAUUGGUAUACUCUUCAAUCUACUAUUUGAUCACGAUUUGAUACAAUAGACUCUGUAAAACACUUUAAAUCAACAGGUUCAGAUAGACGCCUCGGUGCUGCAGCAGCUACAACAGAAUGGCUUCAUCACCAUCAACCCUAGUGGCAUCCAGCCAACACUGACAGCUGACCUGUCCCAGGUUGGGGCUGAGAUGGCCCAUGGGGUUGUAGUUUCCUCAUCUCUUGGUGGGUCAGACAAUCUGAUUGGCCAGAGCCUGUCAGCUGAUGCUAUAAUGGCCCAGCAUGGCAUACAGGAUCAUGAAGGUGAGAGUUUAUUUGAAAUAAAAAAUUAA